UGACUAGAAUGAAAUUUAUCUUACAUGUAUCUAUUAAAAACUUAUUUUCCAAAAAAGUAAAUCCACCUAACCUCUAUAAUCCACUCACUAUCUCCUUUUUUUUCUUUCCUCAUCCUUUUAGGAUGGCAGAUAGGAAGGCUUUCUGAAAAUCUUUUUGAAGCCCGAAUUAGAUUGGACUAGGUCCACAUGGGGAUCCGAUAGGAGUUUAACACCUUGACACCCUCGGAGGCCCUCGUCUCAACAAGUGUCCCUCUUGCACGUGAGUGGUAGUGUGGGCUCUGUUAAAAGGGUAAGACACUGCAUCGAGCCAUCGACCCACUCCCUCUGCUCUGCUACCCUCCAAAUUAAUUCAUGUCCUGUCAUUUUGUAACCUAAAGGACAAUCAUAUUAAUUUCCACUUACAAACAAAAUAACGAGAGAAAAUGUAGAUAACAAAAAUAUUGCAGGUUUGGGACCCACCAAAUUGCGUACAAAGAAAAUUGAGGAAAGGAGAGGAUGGGCUCCAGCAUCGACAGCUGAUUGGUUGGUUGGGGAUGAGUCACGAAGCAAGCUCGUAGAUAAGGCCGCCACCUGUUUCUCCCUACUUGUCGCAAUAAUCUCGCCCGAGUCUCCCCUCGGCUCGUUCUUCUCCCCGGAUUUUAUCCCGAUAAAUUGACGACAAGAAACAGCUCCGGUCAUUCGAGAUCGAGAAUCGACACGCAUCCACAGUAAAGUAAGGCCAAAAGACGCCAAAACGGCAUCGAUAGCUGCGCCCUGCAGGCUGCAGCGGCUUCUCAAGCUCCUCCUGAUGAACCGCCUUUCAAACAAGCAGCUGCCAGCUCCCGGUUUUACCCGAACCCGCUGUCCCCUUCUAUAAAUACUCACUUGGCCUCUCCCCACUUCUUCAGCGCUCCAACUCACUAGCAAAAGAGAGAAAUCCAUUAGUACCAAAUCAGAAAAGAAAUUUCGAAAUUCAUCUCCCAAAGCCAAAAUGAAUCACCUGAACAGAGUUUGGAUGGCCGCCACCGUAGCCACCGUACAGGGCUCCCACGCCGACCAGGGAACCAAAUGGAAAUCAGGCCUACAGGCACUCCACCACGGAAAGAGGCGAUUUUUCUCCGGAUCCGCCGAUGCAGCCGAUCUCCGCCCGCUUUCCAGCGCGGUCGUAUCCGAUCGGGCCGGAGUCGCAGGAAGCCGCGACUCGGAUGAGUGUUUGAGGCAGAGCGACGAGUCAAUGAGACGAGUCAUGUACCUCAACUGCUGGGGCCAGGGGUGAAAAAGUCCAUCGCUGCAAGGCCGGGUGUUCCUGGCCGGACGUGGAUCAAGAAAAACUAUAUGUCGCCGGCUCUUCAGGAGAAGAUAACUAACUAAUUUGAGUUGCGAGCUCAAAGUGAUCCGACGCCGGCUCGAGGGAGGCAUUGACAGCCGACUCGCCAAGGGGUUACUGAUGUGAAACAGUGUAUGUUGUACAGGCUGAUAGAUCGAGUUGGUUCUCAAGUGUGUAUAUAUACUUGAAUCUAUCUUUAAUAACAAAGUUUUGGAGGGUUUCUUCCCUUCUUGCAUAUUGGAAUUUGUUUUCUUCGCAUAAUUAUUAUGCUUUUGACCCCAUGAUUCAAGAUUCGCGAGCUCAAAAAGCUCACAAUCCUCCGACCCGAUGAUUAGAAAGAAGAUACCCAGAGAACUGUGAAGCUCACAAGUCAGAACCCGAAGAACUAUUGGCCUUCACUGAUUGCAAAUUGGAGUAAGAACAGCAAUGAACACAAAACUAUCAAUGUCUGAUUUCAAUUGGAGCAAGAACAUCAAUGAACACAAAACUACCAACAUCUGAUUUCAAUGACGGCGACGGAGCUGGAAUAAUUCCUCUCACUUGGGUUUUGGUCAUGUCCUAUCCCUUACCUUAUGCAUCGGCGUUGGUUUUUCUGGUCAGUUUGUUCUGCAAUAGUGUUGCUCUCAGUUGAGCACGGAGUACUAUUUGUUGACCAGACCAGGGGCGAAGAUGAUUGAUUGGUAGAUGGUAGGGGUGGGUUCGGUUACCGGUUAGCCGGUUGGUUAAACUGAUAACUGGCCGAUUACCCACUAACCGGUACCUGAUAUAGUCAAAAUUCGGUCGGUUGUUGGAGGUUGGAUGAGAUUGUUUUGGUCUUGGAGGUACCGUUAACUGAUAGCUGAGAUAACCGAAGUUUAUUUCGGUAGGUUGUCGGUUGGGAGCCAGCCUUUUGGUUGAUCAAUAACCGACCAAUCGGUUAUCGGUUAUAACCGAAAGUAGUCGAUCGCCAUCCCUAGUAGAUGUGCAAGGCAGGAAACUAAGGAUUAGUGACAAAAUGAUAAUGAGAAAUAAAAGUACAAAUAUCCGAAUUACAAAAAUCCGAAUAAAGACUAUUCUUUUGU